CAAAUUUGUGUGAAAACAUUUGCGUACACCAAUCACACGUUGCUACCCGAGGCGUUGGAACGUUGGCCAGUUUCGUUGAUCGAGAACAUGCUACCAAGACAUCUGGAGAUCAUCUACCAGAUCAAUCAAAUCUUCAUGGAUGCGGUGGCGGCUCGUUAUCCGGGCGAUUUUGAUCGUAUGAGAAGAAUGUCGAUAAUCGAAGAAGCAGAUGGCUUUGGUGAAAAGCGAAUCAACAUGGCUCAUUUGUGCAUUGUUGGUUCACAUGUCACCAAUGGUGUGGCUGCAUUACACUCGAAUUUGCUCAAGUCAAGCACUUUCAAAGACUUCUACGAGUUCUACCCGGAUCGUUUCCAGAAUAAGACCAACGGAAUUACGCCAAGACGUUGGUUGCUUCUGUCCAACCCGUCAUUGGCUGAUAUCAUUUGUGAGGUACCACGAGCAAAAUUCAAGCAUUUUAGUUCCAUCAUAAUAGUUGAAUCAACGACUGUUUUAAAAUGCGAAUUCAAUCGAAAUGUGGAAAAAGUUUCUAUUGGUUCAAGCAGAUUCUCGAUGUUUUUGUAA